AUGGCUCACCAAUCCCAAGACUUAUCGCUCCUGGACGCCAGUAUCUCGGAGCUCCAAUCCGCACUCUCUUCAGGAUUGCUCUCUAGUGUGGGCUUAGUAUCACGAUACCUACAACGAAUCAGCGUCUAUGAUGCAAGUAAUCUAAAGCUUACUGCCAUUCCGCUUCUAAACCCAGCCGCCCUCGAUGAAGCAGCCGCGUCCGAUGCUUGGCGUGCAGCUGGUCUGCCGCUGCGACCGUUGGAGGGUAUCCCCUUCCUCGCAAAAGACAGCAUUAAAGUGAAGGGGAUGACCGUGGCGAGCGGCUCACCUGCAUUUGAAACUCUCGUCGCCAACGAAGAUGCUGCCUGUAUCCAACUCCUCCGCGAGGCUGGCGCCGUGCUUCUCGGCCGGACGAACAUGCCCGCCAUGGCGUACGGUGGUAUGCAACGUGGGUGUUAUGGGCGCGCUGAAAGCCCGUAUAAUACAGCAUACCUGGCUGCGGCGUAUGCAUCCGGUUCAUCGAAUGGAUCGGCAGUCGCGACGACGGCCAACUUUUGUGCUUUUUCUCUAGGCAGCGAGACUGUUUCUUCGGGUCGCUCGCCGGCGUCAAAUAAUGCCGUUGUUGCAUACACGCCUUCGAAAGGCCUUCUUCCUCUCCGUGGUGUCUGGCCACUCUACUUGACUUGUGAUGUCCUAGUACCGCACACCAGGACUAUGGCAGAUAUGUUCCACGUCCUAGAUGUUCUAGCCGUGUCCGACAAAGCCCCGACGGGGGAUUUCUACCAGGAACAAAAACUCAUCUCCCUCCCUUCGAUCGAUACACUCCGACCACAGUCCUUUUCAGGAUUGCAAGACGGCACAUCCUUGCGCGGGAAGCGGAUCGGUGUACCGUCAAUGUACAUCGGAGGCGAUAACUGUUCUCUAUCCCCAGCCAGCAGAGUCAACACCCGGCCCUCCAUAAUCAAGCUAUGGAAAAACGCCAGAAAGGCCCUCGAGUCCUGUGGCGCGGAGGUAAUCGAAACGGACUUCCCAAUUGUGACAACCUACGAGUCAAACGCAGACAAGGGCCAGCUCGUCACCGUCGCAGGACUACCAGAAGGAUGGUCCGCGCUGGAGCGGAGCGAGCUCGUCGCACAUAUCUGGGAUGACUUCCUGAUCAACAACGGCCAAAAGGGUCUCGAUAGUCUUUCUAAGGUCGAUCCGACGACGAUCUUCCCUCUUGCACCGGGGUCUCUGAAGGGUGCACCCGAUGCGGCCAAUGCGCUGCGGUGGGACGAGAUGGUUCAAUACCCGCACCGGAGGCCGGCGUCUGUUUUCGAUAUCCCCGGUAUUCAGCAGGGAAUCCAGGCUCUUGAGAAUGCGCGCAAGGAGACUUUUGAGGACUGGAUGGAUGGGCUUGGGCUUGAUGCUGUUGUUUUCCCAGCCAAUGGCGAUAUCGGAGCUGCUGAUGCGGACUGCGAUGAGGCGGCUUCGCUGUUUGCGUGGAGUAAUGGCGUCAAGUACUCGAACGGGAACAGGCCUAUUCGUCACCUCGGUGUCCCCACUAUCUCCGUUCCUAUGGGUCUCAUGGAAGAUACGGGGAUGCCGGUGAACCUUACCUUCGCUGGAAAGGCAUACGAUGAUAACAGUCUGCUCAAGUAUGGCUUUUCUUUUGAGAUGGCGAUGAAGGGCCGUGUUAAGCCACCGCUUGUGCCUGCUCUUGACUCUGAUCUCAUCAAGGGUGGUCAAGAUCCUCGGCCAUGGGCUUCUCGAUCGACCGUUGAGUUGGUAGUGGAGACUCAAGUGAAGAAGAUUCAGGACUCCACCGUUGUGGUUCAAAUCCAGGGAUCAGUGGUACCCAAGGACUCUCAACUGGAGACUAUGGAAUGCCAUAUCAACGGUCAAGUGUUCAAGCCGGCCAUAGAGGGCGAUAGAUGGUUUAUCAUAGCUUCCUACCCUGCAUCGGAACGUGAUCAACCCUGGAAGAGGUGGUCGAGUCCUGCUUUGACACAGACUAUCAUAGUCAUCACAGCUCAUACGAAGGAUGGCUCGACAACGGGCAAGUUGAUCCUACUAUGA